AAAAAAAAAAAAAAAAUGCAGCCCAUUGUCGGCAAUAACGGGCUACUGUCAGUCGUGCUGUUGCUGUUGCUGCAGUUAGCAUUCAACUGGCGUUUAGCUAUCGCAUUGCCCGACGUCAUUAAAAUAGGUGGACUCUUUCAUCCGUCGGACGAUCAUCAGGAGCUCGCCUUUCGUCAGGCCGUUGAGCGCAUAAAUGCCGACCGCUCAAUUCUACCACGUUCCAAAUUGGUUGCACAAAUUGAGCGCAUUUCGCCAUUUGACAGCUUUCACGCCGGCAAACGGGUUUGUGGCUUGUUGAACAUUGGCGUUGCUGCAAUUUUUGGACCACAAUCCUCCCACACCGCCAGCCAUGUGCAGAGCAUUUGCGACAACAUGGAGAUACCGCAUUUGGAGAAUCGCUGGGAUUACCGUCUGAGACGUGAAAGCUGCCUAGUGAAUCUUUAUCCCCAUCCUAAUACCCUCUCCAAGGCUUAUGUGGAUAUUGUGCGCCACUGGGGCUGGAAGACUUUCACCAUCAUCUACGAGAACAACGAUGGCAUUGUGCGCCUCCAGGAGCUGCUCAAGGCCCACGGCAUGACACCAUUCCCAAUUACGGUGCGCCAGCUCAGCGACAGCGGUGAUUAUCGACCACUGCUGAAGCAAAUUAAGAACUCGGCGGAGGCGCACAUUGUGUUGGACUGUUCCACGGAGCGUAUACACGAGGUGUUGAAGCAGGCACAACAGAUUGGAAUGAUGAGUGAUUAUCAUAGCUAUUUAGUGACCUCACUGGAUCUGCACACUGUUAAUCUGGAGGAGUUUCGCUAUGGGGGUACAAAUAUAACAGGCUUUCGGCUGAUCAACGACAAGAUCGUGACGGAUGUGGUACGUCAAUGGAGCAUCGAUGAGAAGGGUAUGCUACGAUCGGCGAAUCUGACAACAAUACGCUCCGAGACGGCACUGAUGUACGAUGCUGUGCAUCUAUUUGCCAAGGCACUGCACGAUCUGGAUACCUCGCAACAGAUCGAUAUACAUCCAAUUAGUUGUGAUGGCCAAAGCACCUGGCAGCAUGGCUUCAGUUUGAUUAACUACAUGAAGAUCGUCGAGAUGAAGGGCUUGACGAAUGUCAUCAAGUUCGAUCAUCAGGGAUUUCGCACUGACUUCAUGCUGGAUAUUGUGGAGUUGACGCCAGGUGGUAUACGAAAGAUUGGCACCUGGAACUCGACACUGCCCGAGGGCAUCAACUUUACGCGUACUUUCAGCCAGAAACAGCAAGAGAUCGAAGCGAAUCUAAAGAAUAAAACGUUGGUGGUGACUACAAUAUUGAGUAAUCCGUACUGCAUGCGCAAAGAAUCAGCUAUUCCUCUGACGGGCAACGAUCAGUUUGAAGGCUAUGCUGUGGAUUUAAUACACGAGAUAUCCAGAUCGCUGGGUUUUAACUAUAAGAUACAGCUAGUGCCCGAUGGCAGCUAUGGUAGUCUAAAUAAAUUGACAGGAGAAUGGAAUGGCAUGAUACGUGAGCUAUUGGAACAACGCGCUGAUCUGGCAAUAGCCGAUCUCACGAUUACCUUUGAACGGGAACAGGCUGUUGAUUUUACCACACCAUUUAUGAACCUUGGCGUAUCUAUACUCUAUCGCAAACCCAUCAAACAGCCACCGAAUUUGUUCUCAUUUCUAUCGCCAUUAUCUUUGGACGUUUGGAUCUACAUGGCCACAGCAUAUUUGGGCGUUUCCGUACUGCUCUUCAUCUUAGCCAAAUUCACGCCCUAUGAGUGGCCUGCCUAUACGGAUGCACAUGGAGAAAAGAUCGAGAGUCAAUUUACUCUGCUCAACUGCAUGUGGUUCGCCAUUGGAUCCCUAAUGCAGCAAGGAUGCGAUUUUCUACCCAAGGCACUCUCAACGCGAAUGGUUGCUGGCAUUUGGUGGUUUUUCACGCUUAUCAUGAUCUCGUCGUACACUGCUAAUUUGGCUGCAUUUUUGACAGUUGAGCGGAUGGAUUCGCCCAUUGAGAGUGCCGAGGAUUUGGCCAAGCAAACAAGGAUCAAAUAUGGUGCUCUCAAAGGUGGCAGCACAGCAGCUUUCUUCAGAGACUCUAAGAUCUCAACAUAUCAGCGCAUGUGGUCCUUUAUGGAAUCGGCUCGUCCCUCUGUCUUUACGGCCAGCAAUGGCGAGGGCGUCGAAAGGGUGGCCAAGGGCAAGGGAUCGUAUGCCUUUCUCAUGGAAUCCACAUCCAUCGAAUAUGUAACCGAACGCAACUGUGAGCUAACCCAAGUGGGCGGCAUGCUGGACACCAAAAGCUAUGGCAUUGCCACACCGCCAAAUUCGCCUUAUCGCACUGCCAUAAAUAGUGUCAUAUUGAAGCUACAGGAGGAGGGCAAGUUGCACAUACUGAAAACAAAGUGGUGGAAGGAGAAGCGAGGUGGUGGCAAGUGUCGUGUGGAAACAUCGAAAUCAUCGUCGGCGGCCAAUGAGCUCGGCCUGGCGAAUGUGGGCGGUGUUUUUGUGGUGCUAAUGGGCGGCAUGGGCGUGGCCUGCGUCAUAGCUGUCUGCGAGUUUGUCUGGAAGUCACGCAAGGUGGCCGUCGAGGAGCGUCUGAGUGCGAUACUGAACGAAUGAGGAAAAUUGUAAACCCUGGACGAAUGGGUUUAGAGAGAGGUCGGCGGGGUCAGUUUGGACCAGCAAUCAAAAAUUCUAGCAAGGCAUCAACUCCCAAUUGUGUAGUAUAGUAGCAUAUACAACAAACACUUAUAUUAUGGCAACAACUGGUUAAGCAGCGCACUUGGAUGGAUAGAGGGAAACUACACUCAAAAAAUUAUGUAUUAUGUACUAGAAUGGGGAAAAGCUCGUCUUAUUUUUGGAGUUAUUGAAUUCCUUACUUUAGGACUUUGUCCUUCUAAAAACCAUGAUUAUAAUUAGCAAAUUUUUCCAUGUUUUUCAAACUUGAUUUACAUUUUGUUAAUAAAUGAGCAAAUACUUUUCUAUUACACAAUAAGGAAAUUAUUAAAUUUAAGAAUGUUUUAUGUACGAUUUAUGAUAAGUGAAGAAUUGGAUACAGGGUAUCUGCUAGCCCACUCUUUUAACCAUAACAACCCAAUUUGAACGAAAGUUUGUCAGUUUUUCUAAUUUCUAGGAGAUCCUUUUUGUUGAGUGUACGAAAUGAACUUUGGGGAGAUUUGUAACAGUUUGCACUGCAUUGAAAAAAAAAAAACGUUUCAUGGAGAGAAAAUUUUGAAAAGUAACAAUA